AUGAAUCCUUCUGUUCUGGGCUCUGUGCCCCCUGCGAUCCCACUGGACUCGGACAACCGCCCGGGGAGAUCGCUGUCACGCUGGAAUACUACGUCCGACUUGGGAGAACAACUAAGCGAUGAGGAAUUUACGAAGGACAAGUUUAACUACUUCAUCGGUGAAACUGUCUUGUCCGAGUUCGUUCUCGCUCGGACUAUUUACCAACGCCAAGCUGUUGUUCGAGCAAAUACGGGCAGUGAAGUAUGCCCCGAAGGCUGGAACUGUUCCUACAUUAUUAAUUUCAUCGGGCCAGGAUACAAGUGCCAAGAGCUCGCGUUUGGAGUGGGCUCCAAGGUGAAGAAGCUCAGAGGCUCUGAAGCACCGUUCGACAUUAGCAUGAUCGCGCCAGAGGGUAACUAUACCUACCUCGCUGAGACGGACAGGGGCGAGUACGGUGUGCCACAAAUCAUUAAUUCCAGUGUAGGCGGGAUGCCUAGUUUCGACCCGCCAUAUCCUAAGAAUAUGGGGGCUUUUCGCACUGAACCCAUCAUUUGGAUUGGGUAUGUUACCGUCAAUGACACCUCACUCCCCCAACCUCUGUUCCGAAAUGCGCCGGAUUGGUAUGAAGCCUACAAGCCAGUCAUUUUUGGGUGCGAACAUUACGAGGUCAACUAUACCGUCAGGUUUAACUACACCCGAGCCGAGCAAUUCCACAAAGUCAUAGACCGCAAAUUCCUCAACAAAGUGGUUGACACAAGAUACCUCCCAAACCAAAGGGACCUAGACAAGAGGCUUAAUGAUCACACCGUGGCUACCCCAGAAGAGAAUUAUGUACUCCCAAGUGAUCUACAAAGGUACCGGCGAGUAGCAGCCUACCAUACACUCUGA